UACUGAGACAGGCACGAUCCCGCGUUCCGUCAGCGGCGAGUCCCGGCCUGCGGGAGCCCUGGAACACCUCAGGGUCUGGGCUCCUCGCGAGCUGCCUCCGCGCCCCUCGUAGAGUUUAUUUUCCUGAAGCUGUCAGUACUCUUCCGGGCCAUUCGCGUGGCACAUGUUUGCCGCCCACAAAGGGAGUGUGAGAGGCAGGCAGAUUUGCCCUCCGGAGUAGGCUGGCCCCAAGUGUUGAUGGCUCUUUGGGGAACUUUGAUCUCUUUGGAGCCACCUGGAGCUUGCUCCCUCGCCCUCAAAGUGUGCACAGAUUGGACGUGUUCGCUGUGCCCCAAGACGCUCUUCAGUCUCUUAGAAAUAGUAACUUACUUGUCUCUUUGACUUAAGAGCCCAAAGGAUACUGGGCUUCCAGAAUAAACUAACUGCAACUAUGAUGCCGGAAGAACCUAAGAUUUAACACUUAAGUAGUCUUGCUCCUGCUAACACGUUAAGUUUUUCUGGCUGCUUUGUGACAGCUGAGUGUACUGGGCAGAGUGGCUGAUCAUUUUAAGUGAAACUUUGUUUAACGAACUCAUUUGCAAGACUAAGCCAGUCCUCAGAUCCAGUUGGGGGAAAUGCAAGAAGGGACUGUGACAUCCGAACUUCUCUUCGGGGGUGUAGUGAUGGAUCCUCAUUCUUCCUUUGGGACUCAACUCUGUCGUACUGCCCAUGGAGUGGUCCUUUCCUGAGGCAGUGGUCAGGAUUCUCAGGUGAGCCUGGACUGAGGCAGAUUUCCACUUCAGGCUCUGGGAAGGGAGUCUCUGCCUCAUAAUACAGUCUGAGUAUUUGAGUAGAGCCCAGCCAGGUCCUAAAGGCUGGAACUACUCUCCAGUGUUACAUGGGAAAUGCUCAGACAGUCUAGGAAAGCUUUUUGGAGUCAUUCCAGAGAGCAUACAGGUAAGUUCUGGCCAUGCUCAUGUUGGAAGGGGUUUGCACUUAUCACAGCCAUAAAUCAUCUCAAGGUGAGUGCUUCCUUAUUUUUUUGUUCUGGUGGUCAAGCUUAGUAAAUUUGGGGCAUGCUAUCUGUUGUCAACUGUAGAGGAAUCCUUCCUUUACAUAUUAUAAGUCUAUAAAGUGAGAUGAGCCUGAAUUUUAUCUAGACAAACCAGAACUUAGGCAUAGACCCUGCUAUGUUAAAAAUAGUUGUCCCAAAAGGUUAUCUUUGUAUUUAAUUGAUGCUCCUUUGCCAGAAUCUCUUUAACACUCCUGUUACGGUAGUGGAUAUAUAAGCUGUCUGAGAAAAUCAGUCACAUUUAAUAGUUAUACUCCCUGUUUGACCAGAACUUGCCUUACUUGGCUUGGUAACUCACCUUACUCCCCAGACCAGGCUCUGAAUGACUUCUGACUAUUUCUCAAACUAAUCUGCCUUGUGGAGGAAAAUUUGCUGCCACCAAAGAGAGCCAGGAGAGUGAUCUGGAGGUCUGAAGAUUACUCUCAAAGAGAAGUUCCCACGUGUUCUGUGCUUCAGCAGUGCCGUUGGAAUCAGUGCGUGGACUACCAGAGUGACUACUGGGAAAGGAGACCACUCCCUUUCCAUGACUGAUUUUUGGUGUAUUCUUCUCAAAAUUAAGCAACUAUUUAGAUUUUUUUUUUCCUGGUGUGCAACAGGUACUUUAACAAGAUUUUGUCAUUUAUGCAUUUAUUCACCAAACACAUUCAUCCAGCGCCACCUGCCAAGUGGAGACACAGUGUUGGGUGGCACUUGUCACCCUGCUGUCUGGGCAGGUUCACAAUCAAAGGACUGAAGGUUUAGCUCUGAACCUUGCUGUGAGCCCACGAUUCAGGGUGGUCGUGUCCGAAGAUCAAACUGAGUAGAAACUGAUCUUGGGGGUCGGUUAAGACUUGUUCAGAGGACCCCCAUUUUAUCAACCACACUUAGUAGGCUGUGUACUUCUCUUCCUAGCACCCCAACAUAUCGGUUAAGAUUUGCCCAGAUGACUUCAUCUCAUCAUCCAUGCUUAAUAGGCCGUGUACUUCUCUUCCCAGCACCCCAACAUAGAGUAUGCACUCAGCUAUUUGCCAAAUUGAAUUAAUCUCAAAACAGGACCUGGACGCCCAGAGAGACAGUUAACCUGCCUAGAGCGGGGCCUGGAACUCAAGACAUCUUAUGAUUCCCAGGGAUGUUCCCUUCUCUUCUGUUCCAUGUGGGGUUACCUAGGUUGCUUCUGAUAAACAUGUAGAUUUGUUGGCAUCUGAAAGGUGUUCACCAGUAUGUAGGCUCAAAUAUUGAAGUACUGUUGGUUUCCUCAGGAAGGACGUCAGUGUUACUCCUUCUCAGUAAACUUUUCAGGGCCUCCCAAGGGGUGACUUUGUCUCAGUGUGCCUAGGGCAGCCCCUCUUUAUGCCUGUGGUAAUUGUUAAUAGUGCCUCCUUUCAGUCUCAAAAUGUCCUAUUUACACAAUAAAUUAUGUGGUAGCUUUGCUGCUAAGCACCAGCCCCUCUGCUGGACUCAAGGAACACAGAGGGGAGUCAGAGUCCUCCGACUUCAUGGCAGGGCAGGGAGCUUGCAACAGAUUUUGCAGACAGAUGUUUGCAAUGUAGCAUGUCAAGUAUGGAUACUUAAUGAAAUAAUGAAUAAUGUACUUAGGGCAAGAGUUUUUAACCUGGGAGCCAUAGGUAGACCUCAGGAGGUUUUUGAACUCCCAAAAGUGUAAGGUAAAAUGGUGGUGUAUAUGUAGGUUUUUAUAGGAAGAAGAGCCAUACCCUUCAUCGCAUUCUCAGGGAUCCAUGAUCCCCAAAAGGUUAAGUAUCAAGAUGUGAAGAACAAGGCUGCCCUCUGAGGGUCGUGGAUCCUCUCGGGGCCCUUUUGCUCUCGUGCUGUGCGUGCUGGAAAAUGCUUUUGAGGCUUGGGGAAGCUAACCGCAUCUUUGAUGUGCUGGAGUCGUUUCCGUGAUCAGACUGUGCUGGGCAUGCAGCCCCAUCAGUCCUUCUUACAGUUACUUUACACACCACAGUGCACCCGCCUCAGCACUUCCUUUGGUCUCAGUGGACUUCUAAAGGUGGGCUCCUUUUGGGAGUCUCUUUUAUUGGAUUCAUGUUUGGUUUAGGGACUCAAGAUUCAGACUUCUUACAAGUUUAAAAUCGUAAAAUAAAUAGCAUGUGGCCAUCCCUAUUAUUUGCCUGGUACCCUGUAUAGAGCCUGUGGUGGCUUUUCCAUCUAGAUGAAAAUAUGUGUAUUUGGUUCCAGUAGGGCUGAGGUAGUAUAGAUUAAAAAAAAAAACAAAAAACAAACCUGUUGCUGUCGAGUCUAUUCCGACUCAUAGCGACUCUGUAGGACAGAGUAGAACUGCCCCAUAGGGUUUCCAAGGAGCAGCUGUUUGCCUCUGGGCCCCAGAAAAGCCUGUGACCAGACUAUGAAGUUUGUGCAAACCCACCCUGAACAGAGGACAGUAUGUCGCAGGCUUGGCAGAUGCUUUCUGCAGAGUAUCAAGGGUGUCAUUUACAACUAGCUAGGGCACAUUGAAUUUGCAUAGCAUUUUAUUGAUUUGGGAAGUAACUUUGUUUCCAAGGUUGCCAUUAGACUAUAAAAUGUGAGAAUCAGAAUUUGUCAGGUUUCAAGUAAGGGUGUAAAAGGCUGAAAGCAGUUAGCAUUUGCUGCCUGCCUCCUGAGUACCCUUGCUGCUGAGCUAGUUCUAGGGAGAUGAAAAGACCCCUGCCCUUUGAUGGAGAAGAGUUUGUAUAUACAAUGUAGCAAAAACUAUGGCAAAGCUGGUUAUAGGAUGUUGUGCACAAAGGAAAGUUUUAUGUGUUGGUUUUACUGAUAGUAAUAGCUAAGGAUUUGAGGAAAAAGAUUGCCAGUUUUUCACUAGCCUCAGACUUACAGUUGUAACCACCCCACACGCUUUCAGCCUUGAACAGUUAAAGAAUGCAGGGGUCUUAGGAAGAGGCCCCUGUCCUUAGCUUUUGUCUUCCUUGUUCAUGUGCCUUAGGUUGUUAGGAACAGCAUGUGCCGUGAGGGGCUGGGCAACGCACAUGGAAGUGAGGACACGUUAGUAACUCCUUCCUCUAGGAGUGACUGGAUAGUGUGGUUAGAAGGCUGGAAAGGGAGUCAUUUUCAAACCUGACUUUUUAAGUGACUGAGAAUGGAUUGGUUGACUUAUAAAUUUCUAUUGCUGCUAAUCAUUUAGUUUUUGUAAAGUAACUUGCUCAGUUGUCAUUUCCAUUAACAGCAACAACAACAACAAAAAAAAAACUGUAGGUUUAAAUGCCCACUCUUGGUAUUUCACAUCUUUGAACACAGGUUCUCCUUUAAAAAGUUACUUAAAACGUAUAUAUACAUACGACUGGCUACCUGUAGUCCCAUCGUAAUCUGAGGUGAAUAACUUUUUCCCAGUACUCCUGUGAUGCCAAGCAGCAUGACUGCAAGGGCAUCAUUUUAAAUAACAAUUGUAAAUAGUGUGUCGCCAAAUGAAGACUCAGGUGCACGUUGGUCCCUGCGCUAUUCCUGCGAUCACACAAUACUUUGGUAGCACCUGUUGCCCGCUGCCUUGGUGCAGGGGUGAGUGCUCGCUUGCAGACUCUGUGGUGGGGUGCAGUCUUUCACCCACCUUAUCGAUCUAUGUUUAAAAUAAAUGGAGCACAUACAAGCUUGAGGUGGGAAAAACAGAAGAUAUUUACUUUAUAAUUAAAUCAAGAUUAGUCAGAAUAGAAAUGAAGUCUUCUAAAACGACACCCUUGGUCUUGCUCAUAAACACGCUUGAACAACAUACAGCUUUCAGCCAGAGUUCCUUUGCAUGUCAAAUCCUGCAUUAGACAGUGGCCCUUGCACUGGGUGCGCUGUGAUGAGGCCUAGAAAUCUCAUUCUUAGAGAGUACCAGGUGGUUUUGAUGGGAGCAGUAAGGCCAGGCACUGAGACGUUAAUUCAGUAUAAGGAAAAUCCCUACAACCCACGUCUCGGCCUUAGACCCCUCAGGAUGAUUCCAGAAAAAUGGUCAAAUGCACACCUUCACUUGUAGUACCGCAUUGGAUAAUGUACAUUUUCUUGAGUUUCAGAAGUAAUUUACUCUUAAGAAUUCAAGCAGCUGUCCUUUGCUCACUUUCUGUUGGCUGUUUAGGUUGCAUUUGUGACGAGAAGGGGUUACGGGACCACACCGCUGCCAGGUUGCACUCAUGCACACCUAGCUGAGUAGAGCUCAGUCUUGGGGUGCUGGUAUGGGUUUAACUGUCUGUCUUUCUCCCCAGUGGGACAGCCAGCAGCAGGUCUGCAGUGCGGGCUCCAGAGCUGGGAGGCACUGCACAGGGCCAAGCAGCGUGGAGGUCCUGAUUCUCCCUGUCAGAACCGUGGGUACCGAUGGAUGUGGCCGAGAGCCCUGAACGGGGUCCAUGCUCUCCAGAGGAUGAAGAGGAGCAGCAGCAGGGGCUCUCGGAUGAUGACAUUUUGAGGGAGAGCGGGUCUGAGCAGGAUUUGGACAGAGCUGGGGGGAGGGCGUCCGACUUGGAGGACGAGGACCACACAGCCCAGGGACUGAGCCAGGGGGAGGAAGACCACUCCGACGAGGAGGGCCCGGCAAGUGAGCCCCACUCUCAGGAUCCAGACUCUGAGGCCAACGAGCUGAGCGGGGGCCCCACGAGCCCCCCGUUGGAGGAGGAGGGGGGUGGGCGGGAGGAGGACCGGACCAGUGACCUCAGGGAUGAGGCGUCCUCCGUCACUAGGGAGCUGGAUGAGCAUGAACUCGAUUACGACGAGGAGGUCCCUGAGGAGCCUGUCCCUGCCGCCCAGGAGGACGAGGCUGAGAAGGCGGGGGCCGAGGGCGAUGAGGAGAAGGGGGAAGGUGCCCCAGAGACAGAGGAGAAGGCAGGGGCUAAGAACGUAGAAGGGAAAGAGCCCCUAGAGGCUGUGAAGGAGAAAAAAAAAGAGGACGACGAUGGGGAGAUUGACGAUGGGGAGAUUGACGAUGAUGACCUGGAAGAAGGCGAGGUCAAGGACCCUAGUGACAGGAAGGUGAGGCCUCGUCCCACCUGCCGCUUCUUCAUGAAAGAUGUUGUGCCACCAUUAUCCACUCUUCCACCACUAUCAAAUUCCAUACCAUUCAGAGGCCAGGUUAAAGGGAACUGCACCUGGGGGAUGAACUGUAGAUUCAUCCACCCCGGCGUGAACGACAAGGGCAACUACUCCCUGAUCACCAAAGCCGAGCCCUUCCCACCGAACGGUGCCCCGCCUCUCGGACCGCACCCGCUGAUGCCCACCAACCCUUGGGGUGGGCCAGUAGUCGAUGAAAUUUUGCCUCCACCCCCUCCAGAACCCCCAACAGAGAGUGCCUGGGAGCGAGGACUCCGGCACGCAAAAGAGGUUUUAAAGAAAGCCACCAUUCGGAAAGAACAGGAGCCUGACUUUGAGGAGAAACGGUUUACAGUGACCAUUGGCGAGGACGAGCGGGAGUUUGACAAAGAAAAUGAAGUUUUCCGAGACUGGAACUACCGGAUCACAAGGGAUGUCCGAGAUACAGCACUUGAGCCUUACGCAGACCCUUACUAUGACUAUGAAGUAGAGCGGUUUUGGCGUGGUGGCCAGUACGAGAACUUCAGGGUGCAGUAUACGGAAACAGAACCGUAUCAUAACUACCGAGAAAGGGAAAGGGAGCGAGAGAGAGAGAACAGACAGCGAGAGCGAGAACGGGAACGGGAGCGAGACCGAGAGCGGGAGCGCCGGCAGAGAGAGCGGGAGCGGGAACGCGAGCGGGAGCGCGACAAGGAGCGGCAGCGGAGGAAAGAGGAGUGGGAGCGUGAGCGCGCCAAGCGGGACGAGAAGGACAGACAGCACAGAGACCGGGACAGAGAGAAAGAGCGGGAGAAGGAGAAAGAGAAGCCAAAGCCCCGGUCCCCGCAGCCACCAAGCCGGCAAGCCGAGCCACCAAAGAAGGAGGCCACAUCUGCAGGCCCUCAGGUGAAGCGGGCGGACGAGUGGAAGGACCCAUGGCGCCGAUCAAAGUCUCCCAAGAAGAAACUAGGGGUAUCGGUCUCCCCUAGCCGGGCACGAAGGCGUCGAAAAACAUCAGCCUCGUCGGCCUCCGCCUCCAAUUCCUCCAGGUCAUCCUCACGUUCAUCAUCCUACUCUGGCUCUGGCUCGUCUCGGUCCCGUUCCAGGUCUUCAUCUUACAGCUCGUACUCCAGCCGGUCUUCCAGACACAGCUCUUUCUCAGGCAGCCAAUCCAGGUCUCGGUCCUUCUCUUCGUCGCCGUCUCCGUCUCCAACACCUUCCCCCCACAGAUCUUCCAUCAGAACCAAGGGAGAGCUGGCCCCACCACCUGGGAAAGCAGGGGAGAAAUCAGUGAAGAAGCCUGCCCUGCCACCUGUCCUGCCUCAGUCCGCCAAAACUACUGCUCCCGCCCCUGAGCCCACCAAGCCAGGGGACCCUCGGGAAACCAGGAGGAAGGAGCGGCAGGCCAGGACCCCCCCCAGGAGGCGGACGCUUAGUGGCAGCGGCAGUGGCAGCGGCAGCAGCUCCAGCGGCUCCAGCUCUAGAUCCAGGUCCCUGAGCGUGAGCAGUGUCUCCUCGGUGUCCAGCGCCACGUCAAGCAGCAGCUCAGUGCACAGCGUGGACUCGGAGGACAUGUAUGCAGACCUUGCCAGCCCCGUCUCCUCGGCCAGCUCUCGCUCCCCGACCCCUGCCCAGACCAAGAAGGAGAAAGGAAAAUCUAAAAAAGAGGACGGCAUUAAAGAGGAGAAGCGGAAAAGGGACUCAUCCACGCAACCCCCCAAGUCCUCCAAGCCCUCAGCAGGCAGCAGAUCUUCACAGCAGCCCUCAACCCCUCAGCAGGCGCCAUCGGGGCAGCCCCCACAGGCCGCAUUUGUGGCCCACAAGGAGAUCAAGCUGACACUGCUAAAUAAGGCCACUGAUAAAGCCAGCAGGAAGCGCUACGAGCUGUCAGACAAGGACAGACAAAGUUCUCCUCCAGCCAAGCGGGCCAACCUGUCCCCAGACCGAGGUUCCCGGGACCGGAAGUCGGGAGGGAGGCUAAGCUCUCCGAAGCCCGAGCGGCAGAGAGGUCAGAAUCCCAAAGCUCCUGCGACACAGCCUGACAGGAAGCGCCAGCUGUCACCCCAGUCCAAGGGCUCCAGCAAAGUCACAAGUGUGCCUGGCAAGGCCACGGAUGCCAGUGCCACUAGCGCCGCCCCCAGCACCAAGUCCGGGAAGGCCAGCACGCUGUCACGGCGCGAGGAGCUGCUGAAGCAGCUGAAGGCCGUGGAGGAUGCCAUCGCCCGCAAGCGGGCAAAGAUCCCCGGCAAAGUCUAGUGGCCGAGGGUCUGUCCCCAAGCAGAGACUCACAGCGUUUUAUAAAUAGGUGAGCGCAGCCAUUUUGGAUUUUGCAGUGAAUGUCUUAUUUUGGCUGCAAUUGUUUUUAAAAAUUAAAAAAGGAAAAAAAAAAGUUUCUCAUCUGGAAAAGAAGCCACACACCUAAUGAAGAUGACGCUGAAUCCCAGCUGCCGCCCCACGAGACUGAAUCCAGUCCCUUCCCAGAGCAGAAGUCCUGCAGGCAGACAGACGGAUGGACAACAGCUCAGCAGUGAGGCGGCACAUGCAGCACCAUUUUUUAUGUAAAUUAUA